CUCGAGUCUUGUCUCGCGCUGCACACCCGGCCUCUUCUCAUCUCCUGGUAGACCCCUCUGUUGUCGCGCCCUUCAGUCCGACAGCAGAGCCGACGCUGGCAACAUUCCUGACCAGGCGAGGAACGACGACUUACGUCUGUUGACCCGAGAGUGGUCAUCUGUUCGUGGCGAACCUCCUUGACAGGCCUUCAACAACCUUCGUUGUUUCACUAGCCACACUUUCAAGUUUUCUUCGGCUUCAUCGCCCUCUCACAUUCCUACUCCAACCCUUCCCCCCCCUCGCCCUUAAAGCUUUUCCUCGCUGCACAGGGAGCGAGGAAACCCCCUUCGCCUGAAGAAACCCCAACGUUACCCACCUAUCCCGCCCGGUGCACCAGCCGCGGCGGUAGGCGCGGUAAUACGGGUUUAGACCUAGGAACGCAACAGUCACGGGCCCCCAGCUCUUUGGAUCGUGCCACACCCAAAACGACAACUUGCAGUCGACCCUUGAAACUCCCACUGUUGAUUAUCUAGAACUAGAAGUCGAGACGGAGCCCCUUAAGGAAAAGCCUCAAGAAGAAACAAUGUCACAGGUCCAGGUUCUCGCGACGCGCAGCCCUGUCGGCUUUGACUCUGAACUGGCAUCUUGCUCCCCCAACGUGUCUACUACCCUUUCUGUUUCCUUCAACGACAAACCAGCCAACACCCUCGUUGAUCGCAUCCUCUCCUCUCAAACUACGCCGCCUAUUCUAGACACUGCGCCAAUCCCUGAUGCCCGGGAAGGGUGCACCGCUGUUCCGGGGUUGCCCCUUUUGUACUAUGGACACCCCGAUACCCACCUUCGGAAUGGCGUUAUGAGGGCUGCCGAACUGGCUGCUGAUGGCGAACCCGACGCUGAGAAGGCUUUCUUCGUCGCGGACCUCAGUUACGUAUACCACCAACAUCUCAGAUGGAAGCGCAUGCUCCCGGAAAUCGAGCCCUUCUACGCUGUGAAAUGCAACCCGGACCCAUACGUCUUGCGCCUGCUGGCGGCGCUUGGGACUGGGUUCGACUGCGCUUCGAACGGAGAAAUCUCCCAGGUGCUGUCUGUCGGCGUGGCCCCUUCCCGGGUGAUCUUCGCCAACCCGUGCAAGGCGACGAGCUUUGUCCGCCAGGCCGCCAAGUCCGGGGUGGACACGAUGACGUUCGACAACACGGACGAGCUGUACAAGAUCGCGCGCGCGCACCCCAAGGCAGCGCUCGUCGUCCGCAUCCUCACCGACGACUCCCGGUCGCUGUGCCGGCUGGGGCUCAAGUACGGCGCGCCGCUCGUCACGGUGCCGGGGCUGCUCGCCAAGGCGCGGGAGCUGCAGCUGGACGUGAUCGGGGUCAGCUUCCACGUGGGGAGCGGGUGCUACGACACGUCGGCGUACACGGACGCGAUCGCGCGUGCGCGCGCGGCGUUUGACAUGGGCCGGGCGGCGGGCUACGAGUUUUCGCUGCUUGAUGUCGGCGGAGGGUUCGAGGACGCGACGUUUGAGCGUGCCGCAGGCGUCCUCAGGGACGCCAUCGACCUGCACUUCCCUGCACGGGAGAACCUCCGCAUCAUCGCGGAACCCGGCCGUUACUAUGUCGCAAAGGCGUUCAGUCUGGCAGUGAAUGUCAUCGCUCGGCGCGCUCCGCCUCCUGCGGUGGAAGGAGCCGAUGCGGAAGAAACAGAUCCGGGAGAGCCCAGCGUGAUGUACUACAUCAACGACGGGGUGUACGGGGCGUUCAACUGUAUCAUGUUUGAUCACCAGACGCCGCAGCCGGGGGUGCUCUGCCUGAACGGGUCGUUCCAUGUGCCCUCGUCUGUGUCCAUGUGCGCGAGCAGCGUGUGGGGCCCGACAUGCGACUCGAUCGACGUGGUGUGCCCUGUGACGCAGCUGCCGCGGACGCUGGAGGUCGGGGACUGGCUGGCGUUCGAGAACAUGGGGGCGUACACGCGCUGUGCGGCGUCGCAGUUCAACGGGUUCCAGGUGAGCAACGUGGUGUACACGACUGGGACGGGACUGGCGAGCGGGGAGGUUCGGGGUCUGUUGCGGGGUCCUGGCGGGAGCUGAGACAGUGCUGGACGUGCGAGGGGACUGUGGUGCUGGUGAGACGAUGUGGAUCUACUGUAAAGGCUGCGGUACCGCAUGGAGAACACGGUGCUUGAAACUGC